AUAUCUGACAGCAUAUACACUGACACCAAUGUAUUUGUACAUUAUUUUAAGCUGGAUUUCCGUAAGAACUGCAUUUUUUUUGGCGAUUAGCUGGCAAGCACUGCUGGUCAGGAAAUUGCUGAGAAACCAACUUAUUGAAAUGUCUACUAUGGUGACAAACAUCACACAUGAAUAAGAUUUGGCUCAUUGAAUUCACAAGAUUCUCAGCUUUCCAGUCAUACAAUUUAUGCAGUUUCAGGACAGUUAAGGGACCCAAGUAUGCAGAAAUAUUCAAAUACAAUAGCUGAAAAUAACAUUAUUCGGCAGGAGAAACACUGCACGUUUUUUACUCAAACUACACUGAAUUACUGAAUUAUUUGAUAAAAGUCUACGGACUGAAGAAAGUGUUUGGAAAUGCAUCCAUGCCAUCAAAAACUAGCUGGUAUUCACCACAUCCUGAUGUCGGCCUGCAGCAUUAUGGGCAUUAUGUUUAAUAUGUUAUCUAAUUACCAGCUGCAGUAAUUUAUGUUACACUAACUAAUUAGGUUACAACCUGACCAAGUAAAGCUCCCAAUGCCGUAAGGUUGGACAUAAGCCUUUAAUAGGACUUAAUGAAAAAUCCUUAUCUGACAACUUUAGUUUAAACUAACAGACAGUGGGAGGAGAUGAGACAGAGAGACUAAAGUGGGAGUGAAAACAGAGGAGGGUGGGGUUGGUUGCACCGCUCAAUAGAUUAAUCAUGCAUGCCUAGUUUUUUUGGCCACCAGCUUGUACACAGGGGGAAAGAGGGCUGCCUCUCUGUGUUUCCUCUCAGCUAUGGGUUCUUCUGGAAGAUGGAUGCUCUGGACCCUGUGUGUGUGUUUCUCUGCUCUGGAGAAUGUUGCACUCCGGGUAACCAUGAGGGAAUCCAGUCUCAAGGUGGUUCAAGGGGAUGUUGUCGUGCUGCCCUGCUCCUUUUUCACGUCCAGCCCGCUCUCCAGACUCAACGUCAUCUGGACUCUGGCUCCCUCCUCCAGUCCUGACACCCCCAUACAGGUGAUUGUAUAUGAUCACGGACAGGUGAUUGAAGACCCUUCACUCAUUGGCAGGGUGGGUUUUACAGGUAUUCCCUGGAGUGCAGAUAUUAUUCUGAAUGACACACGUGUGUCAGACGCUGGUAUUUACCGCUGCAUGGUCAAUAAUCCACCAGAGACGGCAGAUCCAGGUAUCGGAGAGCUGGAGCUCAGUGUUCUGGCGUCACCUUCACUGCCUGAGUGCCAGUGGGACGGAGAUAUUGAUAUGGGAGGAAGUGUCACGCUGUCCUGUUCGGUGGCUGAGGGUGUCCCCACUCCAGAGAUCCGCUGGGAUAAACUGAAUCCAGAGGAAAUUGCACUUCCCAUCAACAUGGAAGGAGAGCUGGCAGGUUCCGUCCAAAUAGUCAAUGUGUCAUCUCAGACAUCUGGCCUGUAUCGCUGCUCUGCCACUAACCUCCUGGGAACAGAGAACUGUUACGUCAACCUGUCCAUCUACACCACCCCGGACAGUUCCUCAGGCAUACUGCAGGGCGUGCUGCUCACCUUGUCCAUGAGCUUGGUGCUCCUGGCGCUGCUGGUGCUGGUGCUGUGGCUCCAUCGCACGGGACAGGACGGGAGGUGGAGGGAGGGGAAAGAGGAGGAAGAGGACGAGUGUUACAAUGAGAUACGUUACACUCCAUCUCUGAUGAAGCGCUCGUUUGUUUGAUUUCUCAAAAUUCACAAGAAUUAAAAAAAAACAAAAAAAAACAAAUGUUCCAACCUGGGUAUCAAAAAGACUUCUAAGACUCUUGUUUCAUCUUAAAGUGCUCCCUGCAUACUACUCGACCAACUGUACAGCAUCACAC